UUGACGGGAGUCUCCCUCCGGUCCCGGUCCGAUCCCCAGCGGGGCCAUGGCUGCGCCGAGCUGGCAACAGGCUGUGGCCCAGCAGGCUGAGGAGGUGUCCUCCCGGCUGCGGGACGCGCUGUCGGCCGGCGUGGGCCUACUGCGCACCGAGUUCGGCCUGCAGCUGCCGCCGGGCCUGGAGCCGCAGCGCCUGCCCACCUGGCUGGUGCUGCUCUCGACAUCCGUCCUGGCGCUGCUGGUCCUGCUGGGGCUUCUGUGGGCUGCGGGCUGCGCCCGAGCGGGAGAUGCGCGCAAGAAGCGCCUCGGCAGGGCAGCCGAGACGGGCGAGGAAGAGGAGGAAGACGACGAGGAGGAGGAGGAGGAAACGGCGGCGGCGGGCCUGGCAGGAGGGGGGGGAAGCGGUGGCCCCAACAAGGCGGCUCCUGGGGCAGCCACGAUGCUCUUGCUGAAGGGGGAAGAGCAGAAAAAGCGGAAUAAAAAGAAACCGCCGGAGAAAAUGAGCAAACUUAAUGGUCAGCCUGCUCAUGAAGUGUCUGAAGAGGAAAUAAUGCAGACUGUUCGAAGAGACAACCUAAAACAGCCAUCUGAUGCAGAAAAGAAAACUGAAAAGUCAAAGAAGAAUAAGAAGAAAUCAAAGGGAGAUGCUAAAACUGUUCAGGACCAGUCACGCGCUGAAGGAAAGGAAAUAGAUGAAGGAGCUUGGGAAACAAAAAUCAGUAACAGAGAGAAACGGCAGCAACGUAAACGUGAUAAGGUAUUGACUGAUGUUGGACCAGAAUCAAAUUUGCCAGGCAUGGAGAAUUCAGUUACAGUGUCCAGUGAACAACCAACAUCUACGACAUCCUUCUCAAUUGGCCCCAGAAAAAGCAAAGGUGACAGUAUUUCAGAUAUUCAAGUUAACGUCUCUAAAUCUGGAAAAGGUGACACUGUACUCCAGCAAGGGUUGAGUGAAGGACCAACUGUAAAUGGAGGAAACUGGAAUGAAAAACCUGUAAAGCUCUCCUCUCAAAUUGGUACAAGUGAGGAGAAAUGGACUUUGGUGUCAUCUGCAGGUAGCAAGAAGAAGAAUGAGACAUCUGCUUGGGGAAAAGAUACAGGAGAUAAUGGAAAUGGGAAGGAAUGGGGAGUGUCCCUGGUGGGCAGAACCUGGGGUGAGCGCACUUUGUUCCCUAGUAUUGCAGCCUGGUCUGGAGUGGAUGGAAGAAUUAAUACUCCUGAACAGAGUUCUGCUUCAUUCACUUCUUUGGGACUAAAUCCUGCAGUUUCAGGAUCCAGCAGCGAGUCUGUUUCUCAACCUGGCACUACAGAUUUCCAGUGGGAUUUAAGCCGUAAUCAGGCUCAUAUUGAUGAUGAGUGGUCUGGGUUAAAUGGGCUUUCUCCCACUGAUCCCAGUUCAGAUUGGAACGCACCAGCUGAGGAAUGGGGAAACUGGGUGGAAGAAGAAAAGGCUCCACCCACCCCGCAGCUUGAAGAAGCAUUAUCUGAAAUUCAAAAGGUUUCAGAUGAUGACAGAGAGAAGACAGAACAGACACUGCACAGUACAGCAAGUGGCAAGUCAAAAAAGAAGAAGAAGAAAAAGAAGAAGCAGGGAGAAGAGGCUAGCUCUCCUGUACAGGAUGCUGAAGACGUAGAUAAAGAUGCUGGAGAAGAAUUUCCAGAAGAUACCUCAAAAGUUCAACAAGAGGGGAUGUCUUUCUCUUUAAAAACAAUCAACACUAGUGAAGAAGCUGAGCCUGAGGAGAUGCCCUCAUUUGCUGUUUCUACUGAGCCAUCUGUAACUGUAUCAGAGAAUGAAUCUGACAAGAUACCUUCCCAAGUGCCACAGAUGCUGCAGGAGACAGAAGUUCCUAUUUCUAAUAUUAAGCAAAACAGUGUGCCUCCGCCACAGACCAAGUCUGAAGAGAGCUGGGAGUCCCCCAAACAAAUUAAGAAGAAGAAAAAAGCCAGAAGGGAAACGUGAAUUUUCUUAAAUGGACGUGUGUUGCAGAAACACUUGUCGUGAAGAUUAUGCUGUUUAUGCAAUAAUUUGUGAACCUGUACAGAAUUUUAUAUAAAUUUCAACAGAUUUUUUUAAAAAAACAAACUGCUAUGAACACAGCCAUCUCUAAGAACAGGAACCGAAGGAAAAUAAAUUGGUGGCAUAAUUUAACAGGAAAUAUGACAAUACUGGAAGAUGCAUUGAAGAGUGUAUUUUCAACGUACAGGGAAAGCAAUUUUUAAAAACAACAUGGCUUUACAGCAGUGCCCUGUUUACAACAGAUUAUGCCCUAUUUCAUGUGCAUUGGAGAAAAAAGGAUUGAUCUUAACAUGAUCUCUAAUCUUUAAAUCUAGAGUGUCACUCUACCUGUAAUACAGUGUCUACCAAUCUGAUUUUAAUACAUAAAUCAAAGAACUCUGUUUAAAUCAUUUGCCAUAUCUUUUUAAUACUUAAUAGAAUGUGUUAACCUUAAAGAUC